CUUUGACAUGGUGCAUUUUGGACACGCAAAUGCUUUGCGACAGGGCAAAGAAUUCGGAGACAAACUCUUGGUAGGAGUUCAUUCAGAUGCUGAAGUGAGCAAGCACAAAGGCCCACCCGUGUACUCAGAUGAGGAGCGUUACAAGAUGGUUAGGGCUAUCAAAUGGGUGGAUGAGGUGGUUGAAGAUGCACCGUAUGUGACAACUCUAGAGACUUUGGAUGAAUAUGGCUGUGACUUCUGUGUGCAUGGAGAUGACAUCACAACAACAGCUGAUGGACAAGACACUUAUCAUCUCGUCAAGGAUGCUGAGAGAUACAAAGAGUGCAAAAGGACAGCAGGGGUAUCCACCACAGAUUUGGUCGGAAGAAUGUUGUUAAUGACCAAGACUCACCAUCAGCGGGACGAGGGCUCUGUGGACUCCCAGCACGUGGGAGCAAUCAGCAAGAUGUUUACUGGAGAAGGCCCCAGCAUGCACAGCCCAUGGACGGGCGUGUCUCAGUUCUUGACGACCACCAAGAAAAUCAUUCAGUUCUCGGAGGGGAGGGAACCCAAUCCCGGAGAUAAGAUUGUCUACGUGGAUGGGGCUUUUGACCUUUUCCAUGUGGGUCACCUUGACUUCCUGGAGAAAGCUGCUCAGCAAGGUGACUUCCUCAUUGUUGGUCUUCACACCGAUCCAGUGGUGAACCGUUACAAGGGCUCCAACUUCCCAAUCAUGAACCUGCAUGAGAGGACGCUCAGUGUUUUGGCUUGCCGGCAUGUGUCAGAAGUGGUCAUUGGAGCACCUUACGCUGUCACAAAAGACCUCUUGGAACAUUUCAAAGUUGAUGUUGUCUGUCAUGGCAUGACCCCAGUGAUGCCCGAUGAGGAUGGCACUGACCCCUAUGCUGAGGCUAAGCUUCAGGGCAAGUUUGUGGCCAUUGACAGCAAGAACAAGUUGACCACUAAAACGAUUAUCGAGAGAAUCAUCACACACAGGCUUGAGUUUGAGGAACGCAAUAAGAAGAAGGAAGAGAAGGAGAUGAAGAUCAUGGAGCACUUAAAAAAUGCCCAGAAGACCAAGACUGGCUAGAUGAGUUCAUCAUGGCAGUUCUGCAGAGAGAGAACGGAUGAGACUUAAGUGUCACUGUCAUCUUCUGUGACUGUGGACUACCUCUAAAAUGGUGGGCUUGGAGUUGUUACCGUAAUGUCAACUUUACAUUUUACUUGUACCAGUUGAAUUGGUAAAUGAUUAAAUGAGCUGAGGGAUUUUUCCAAUGGUACCUUGUUAUGAAGUAUACCAACAUUUCUUCACAAUGUACAUAUGUUAUUGUAUGCUGCUCAAACUGUGAUAAAUUCAUACAAAAUACCAGGGUUAUUGUCCCCCCCUGUGGUUCUGGUAUGUCUUAUCUCAUAAAAAAGUUUCCAUUGUGGUAAUCAUUAACCCCUCAGACAGUUAUGAAGGAAGUCACCAGAGGUAGACACCAACAGAGGAUGACUAUGAUGUUUUCUCUUGUAGUUAGCAUCUAUUUAUUUUACAAUUUUCCUUAAGCUUUCCCCCUACCCAAAAUUUCAGUUCCUAUCCCUUUCUGAGGAUCUGAGUUCAAUCCUAGUAUGUCUUCGUGUACCUGCAGACAUGACUUGGUGUCUCUUUGAAUUAAAAGUGUCUAUAUAGAUGGAUGUAAAUAGCAGAAGGCUUGUGACCUGCCUGUUAUAGACAUUCAGAAUUCUAGUGUAUAUAUUAUGUAUACUCAUGUAAUUUUUAUACACACAGGACAUAAUAUAUUAUCUUUUAAAUUAACUGUAAUUACUUGAAUAAGAUGUUUGGAAUUUUACAUGAUCACAUAUUAUAUGCUUUAAAAGCAUGCUGGGAUAAAAUGAUAGGGAUAAUAUUAUUAUCAAGAUGCUUUGGAAGAAAAAAUGAUCCAGUGUAGAUGAAGGUACAUGGGGAAUGAUAAAUAAAUUUGGGAAAGUGAUGUGUGUGUGAGAGAGAGAAAGGAUCAGAGGGAAGUCAAAAAAAAGAAAAAAAAAGAAAAAAGGAACAGUGUGAAAGAUGUACUAAGAGCUGAUAACACACAAAACAAUUUCAGACAAAGAAGAGCAGAUUGGCUGAAUACUUAACACAUUACACCCUAAGGGCCUGGAUGGGAAGUCUAUUCCUAGAUCCUAAACAAGGGGACGGAACCCACCUCCCGUGAAUACAAGCGUUUACAAAACACAUUUCAAAACUACUUAAACAAAUUCCAAAAAUCCUGAACAAAU